GGCAUGAAGGUACAGGUCAGUCUGCAAACAAAACCGAGAUAACCACAACAUGAACGUCAACGUGACCCAGGAGUUUCCUGUAAACUAACUGGCUCCUCCCCCUGCUCUCCGAUUGGCUGAUGGCGCCGACCUGCAGGAGGCUCGUUCUGCCAACAGGUCAACGCCACUUCGACUGCCGAACAGGCCGCCAUGCUGUCCAUCGUAGAUCUAAUCAGGAAGAAGAGGGACGGAGGUCAGCUGACUGAUGAGGAGAUCAAGUUCUUCAUCGAGUCUGUAACAACCAAACGGAUGCAGGACUGCCAGAUCGGGGCCAUGCUGAUGGCGAUCUGGCAGCGAGGGAUGGAGGCCGCGGAGAUUCGCACGCUGACCCGGGAGAUGAUGGUGUCCGGGGAAGUGAUGAAGUGGCCGGACAGCUGGAAGAGGCUGAUGGUGGACAAACACUCGACGGGAGGGGUGGGGGACAAAGUGAGCCUGGUGCUGGCGCCGGCACUGGCGGCUUGUGGCUGUAAGGUGCCGAUGAUCAGUGGGCGGGGCUUGGCUCAUACAGGAGGAACUCUGGAUAAACUGGAAUCCAUUCCAGGAUUCAACAUCCAGCAAUCAGCCGACCAGAUCCGGACCAUCCUGGCCUCCGUGGGCUGCUGCAUCGUGGGUCAGACGGAGAUGCUGGUUCCGUCUGAUCGGGUUCUGUACUCUCUGAGGGACGCCACCAGCACCGUGGACAGCCUCCCACUCAUUACUGGUUCCAUCAUCUCAAAGAAAGGAGCCGAGUCUCUGUCCGCUCUGGUGCUGGACGUGAAGUUCGGAAGCGCGGCGCUGUACAAAGACCUGCAGAGCGCCAAGCAGCUCGCUCAGCUCUUAAUGGAAACAGGAAACAGCCUGGGCAUCCGAACGGGAGCCGUGCUGAGCCGCAUGGACGGGACCAUCGGCCGAUGUGUGGGAAACAGCCUGGAGGUGAUCGAAUCCCUGGAGACGAUGAAGGGAAAUGGGCCCGAUGACCUGAUGGAGCUGGUCACGACGCUCGGUGGAAUGCUGCUGGAGAUGACGAACCUGGCGCCGGGCCUAUCAGAGGGCAGAAAGCAGAUUUACGACGCUGUGAUUGGUGGAGCUGCCUUGUCUAAAUUCGAGGCCAUGAUGACGGCUCAGGGCGUGGCCAAUCAGACGGCCCGGAUGCUUUGCUCCGCCCACACUGAUUACUACAGCGUCCUGAGGAAGUCUGAUCAUCAACUGGAACUGAAGACUCCUAUAGAUGGAGUUGUUGUAGGUGUGGAUGGUUUGGUUCUAGCUCAGGUUCUGCAGAAAUUGGGGGCGGGGCGAUCGAAGGCAGGUGAGCCAAUCAACCACAGCGUGGGGGCGGAGCUUCUGGUGUCUCCCGGUCAGACUGUUCAAAAAGGUGCCUCCUGGUUGCGGAUUCAUUAUGAAGAUCCGGCUCCGGGUCCAGACCAGAUCAACCUGCUGCAGAAAGCUCUGACUGUAGGAAAAAACAACAGAGAAGCAGAACAUGGAUACCCUUUAGUAGCAGAAGUACUGCAGUCUCACCGUGAUACAUCAAACUGAUCCACACUCUAUAGUUUCUGUUAUAAUCCUAAAAGUAGCAAAU